GCUUGUAUAGCUCAAUGGUCAUCUAUAGUAAGUAUGAGAAGUGAAGAAACUGAACUUAGGAUGCUUUACCUGAAAGAAAAGCUUGCACACAUGCAAGGAAAAUUGUCUAUUCAAUCUAGCAAUUCUGAAGCCACUAGUCCAGAUCCGUAUUCAACAAAGGUUUGCCUAGACAUCUUAAAUAGUAUGGAAGGAGUGUCUAAUGAAGAUUAUAUGAAAGCAAUGAAGGCUUUUAAGGAUCCAGAUUUUAGGAUGUCAUUUGUGGAGAUGCCAGAAAUUAGGAGAGGACCUAUCUUGAAUCUUCUUUGAUUUGUUUGAUAUUUUGGUUUGUUGCGUGUUUUCUAUUAGCUUGGACUAUUGUGUUCUUUUAGUACUUUGAUGUUAUAUUUCUAAACAGAUGCUUGCUUGUUUUAUUUUAAUCGAUGUGUUGAGUUUUCAUAGUUUUCAUAAAUAAUGUUGUUUGAGUAGUAUAUUAAAUGAUAAUUGAUGUAGAUAAUGAUGUUGAUUAAAAAUAUAAUUGUGCAGAAGGAUGUCUACUGAAUCAAGUUGGGUUCAAAAUUCGACUGAUGAAGAUUUGAGUGAUGAUGAUUUUUUAUUUACAGAAGAUGAUUUGGAUGCGUCUAUUGGUGAUAGACUAAUGCUUAGUUAUUUUGUUGCCAAUAAACGAGUUUUUAUUGACAGGACACCUUGUAGAACAUCAUUGCUUACUGGAAAAAUGUACAUGCUUGAAAUUUUAAAUGGACAUCCAGACGUGUGUCAUCGUAAUUUUUGGAUGCAGAAACAUGUUUUCAUGAAUUUUUGUGACACUUUGAAACAUAAAGGGCUGUUGACAGAUGGGAAAAAAGUUAGUGUCGAGGAGGGUGUUGCUAUGUUUUUGAUGAUUGUAGGGCACACUACAAGAUAUAGUAUUAUUGGCGAUAGAUUUCAGCAUUCCAAUAACACAAUCCAUAAAUGGUUUAAGCGUGUUUUACGAGCUGUUUGUUCAUUAGGCACAGAGAUAAUCUCCCCUACAAAUCAAAAUGGACCUCAUGAGUGUCUCUUGCGCAAAUAUCCUUUCUUUAAGAAUUGUAUAGGUGCAAUAGAUGGAAUGCAUGUUGCAGCUUGGGUACCUGCAUCACGACAAACAUCUUUUCGUGGAAGAAAGACUAAUGUAACACAAAAUGUGAUGUUGGCAUGCAAUUUUGAUAUGAAAUUUAUAUUUGUGCAUGUUGGAUGGGAAGGUACUGCUAAUGAUUCACGAGUAUUUAUUGACGCAGUUACAAGACCCUCGAACAACUUUCCAAUGCCACGGGGAGAUCAAUUUUAUCUUGUUGAUUCUGGCUAUCCAAACAUGCCUGAAUUUCUUGCCCCUUAUCGAGGUUGAAGAUAUCAUCUGCGUGAUUAUCUUGGACGAGGAGGACCACGUGGAAAGGAAGAGUUGUUCAAUUAUAAACAUUCCUCGUGUCGGAACAUAAUUGAACGUUGCAUUGGAGUGUUGAAGGCAAGAUUUCCUAUUUUGAAAUUAAUAACAAAUUAUCCAAUUAGUAGGCAAAGACAAAUCCCUACUGCAUGUUGCACAAUACAUAACUUUAUUCGUCAGGAGGACUUUUUAGACAGGUUAUUCGCUGAAUAUUCAGUAGAUAAUAUGGUAUUUGAUGAUAUGUCGGAAUCAAACCAAGAUCGGGAAGCCAUACAUUUUGAUACUAGUCAAACAGCUCAAAUGGGAGAAGUCAGAGAUUAAAUUGCCACACAAAUGUAGAAUCAGUAUCAAGGGACUCGUACAUGAGUCUGUAAUUUUAUUUUAUUGUUUUAAUUUUUGAAUUGUGUUUAUUUUUAAUAUUUGUAUUAAAACUUGUAAUCGAAUCUCGCUUGUUAUUGAAUUGUUUGAUGCAAUCUUAUAAUUUAUAAUUACAUUAUGUAAUACCAGUUCACGUCUUUAAUUUUUAUUUUAAUACUUGUUAUUUAUAAUCACAUUAUGAUCCUACUUGCUAUUUUUUUUCAAGCCAAUUUAUUUAUCUAUUUAAAUUUAAAUAGUU